UCACAUAAAUAGAGAGUCAUAACAACAAUAUAUAAUACCCACCAACCAAACAUUUCUUGCAUCUUACAACCAAAACCAUAUUUUCAUCUUAAAAAGAGUUACCCUAUUUUCUAAAUGUGGUGUUUCCCUUGCAAGCUUUGAAGUUAUACACAAAAAUAUCCUUAUUUGUAACUCCAAACUCUUGACGAAUUUCAUUUUCUUGAGUUACACAUCAUGAGGAGCUUUUCAAAGAGCAAAUUAUCUCAAUGUUUUCGCCCUGUUGUUGAUCUUGAUGACAUACUUGAAUCUAAAGUUGUUGCUCAUCACCACUCAAAGAACAAACAUACAGUUUUAAAAGUGAUCAAAGCUAUGGUGUUGGAAACUAUAUUGAAUAGAAGAGCUCAUCAUAAAACUUGUUAUGGCUUUGAUUGUUUUGGUGUGUCAAAAAAUAUUUAUUCGAUGUAUAAGAAAGUAACCAAAGCUACUCAAUCGUCUUUGACAACUUUAUCUUCAGAUAGUCCAAAGUUAUCACAACCAAAGAAAAUGUCCACCAAAGGAAAACAUGAGAAAGAAACUAGCCGAGGAAGCGCAAUAUUAGAGAAGCAAAAGAAGUUUGAGUUUUAUGCAAUCUGUUUGUUUCUCAUAAGCUUAGUAUUUACGGUGUUUUUUGGGAAACUAUUUGGAAUAUUUUUGACUUCAAUUUGGAUCUUCCUUUUCUCUCUUUGGAACUCAAACUAUAGCUGCCAAAAGAUGUUGCUAUAUGGUCCAAAGUACAUGGAUGUAAAGGGUCGGUAUAGAAAGUGAAGUACCAUAAUGAGCAUUAUUUUGGACUUCCCGAACAAAGCAUUAUUAGCCACAGAGAUGACAGUGAAGAAACAGUUUCACAUUUAUCUCAAAUUGGACUUCCUGCAGUUACAGCAGGUAACAGGACACCAUAACGGAUCUAAGCAGUCAAAUAUUAAAUCGGCGGUGAAAUUGUUUUACUCGUGAAAAUGAGUUUGAAAUGUAAACGUCAACAGUCUUGAUCCGGUACACACAUUAAACAGCGUGGAAAUGCUACAGCAGCAAACAGAGAGAAUUUAUGGAAUUCGGCCUAUGUAGAAAGCCCAUCACAAUGUUGUAUAUAUAUGAUUGAAGUUAUGGAAUAAAGUACAGAAGUGUAGAAUUGCUGCAUACCAAGGUUCUCAUGUUUCAGGUCGAAAGGGAAAAGUAGUAUUGAAAAUUGUAAAAUCGCAAU